AGAACACGGAUGCCAAUUCUUGUGUGCCCAACAUAAUCGUGUCUCUCUCUUGAGUACAAAAGCACAGGUAAUUCUCAAAUCAAGUCUUUUUCAACCUUUUCCAAGUCUGUGUAUCCGACUUCCUUCCUUUUCUUUUGGUAAGUCUCAACCCUCGAUCCCUGUUCCAGACACCCAAUCCUUCUUUGGUGGGGCAAAAGAGGCUGGGAAUGGCAUCGUCUACCUAGGUAGUAUUACCAGCCUCUCCAAGGAACCCAACCUCGCGCAAAGAAUCCUCAUAGUCCAACCAUAUCUCAUUCUUCUCUCUUAGCUUGCAGUAUGCACUUGCUGUCCUUCUUCUCGCAUCUUGUUUUGUGAUAUCAAUUGGUCAAAACGAGCUUGUGUGUUGUAUGUGAGUGUGGAGUGGGAAGAAGUCGGUCUGCAUUCCAAGUUUUACACCCUCUCUCAGUCUGUUGCUCUUGAUCUCGCCCAGAAAAAGAACCAUAACAAGAAUGAACUUCCAAAACUUCAACUUCGACUUUGUGGAAGCACCUCGUCAAGGUCCUCCAAAGAGGCAGACUCCUGGUCAACAGUCAAUUGACGACGACGAUCAAUCAUCUCAACCAAUUCUUCACCCAUAUUAUGAUCUUAGACAGCGUGUAGGACGAAACUCUACCAAUCCGUCAGCAUCACCGCCUGGUGCUCUAUUCUUUGCUCCAUCACCUCCUUCUCUGCCACCAUCAAAGGUCACAGCCUCGACAGCUGAGAUCUACGGCCCCGAACGAUUAUUCGGUUCUGAUCUUCCUGGAGGGUUUGCGGCACCUACACCACCAACGCAGACGCAUCACACUGCACCGCCUGUCGCUCCUCCAGCUGCUCCAACUGCACCUACAGCUCCUACACCUGGGUCUGUUCGAUUCGACGAGGCUCAAUUAGCCAUGUUCGCCGCCGAGAACGCAGCUCGCAUGGCGAGUAUCAAGGACGAGUUGACAAUAGCCGCUGGCAAGGUCACUCCCGGCGUUGACGAUACACCAUAUAUUCAAUACGCUCUCGAGGCUCUCACGAGAAAUCACGGCGGUCCUUCUGCUGCGCAUUUCCCUUCCGGAUCUUCGAAUGACUAUGAGGAGGACUACCCACAACCAAGACGGUACGCCGAUGAGGAGAUGGCGAGGGGAUACCCUCAAUUGACACAACCGGAGCCCGCUUACGUUGAAGAUCGUUUACCAGAACCGAUCGAGACGCAAGCUCCUCGCUACGAGAUGCCCGAUACCUCCGCGCACCCUGCGCCAAAUGCUCGGCAUCACAACGAGCCCGUUGCUCAUCACAAUGCACCAGCCGUUCCUCAGUCACCAACUCCUUCAGAUCACUCUGAGCCUGACCAGUUCGCUCAGAGGGAGAAGGCUCGCCCUCGAUCCAUCCCCAUUGACCGAGCGCAUCCUCCUCUCGUCUUCAAGCCUGCCAUUCUUCGACCAGUCUUUAUGUGCAUCUUUGCCUUGUUGUGUUUACUCAUGAUAGCCGCCCUCAUCUUCUGCGCUGUCUACUCACAAAAAGAUGGUGGUUUCACUCCAUAUCCUGGAAGUAUCUACAGCGGUCAAUACUUUUUGUUCAGAAUCUUGCCUCAAAUAUUCGCAGGAAUCAUCUUAAUCUACGCCCAAUCUAUCGUCACUGCUUCAAUGCGAACUAUACCAUUCACCGCCAUGGCUGAUGCUGAGCCCCGAGAACGAUAUCUCGCACUCUUCCGACGAUUGCGUCCUCUCACAUUUCUCAUUCCAUCGUUCACAGGACCCUGGCAAUUCCAGUUCUUCAGCGUGUGCACAUGGCUCGCUAAUUUCACGAUCCCUCUAAUGAGCACAGCCUUCUCAUGCAUCUUCAAGGACCAGGGUUGGGUAUGGGCUGCAGUUCAGGGUAUUGCUUGGACACUUGUCGCGCUCUACAUCUUGAUGCUGGCAGCCACCAUCGCUUUGACGAUGUUCUGGCGCAAUCGGUGGACGGGGCUCUUGUGGGAUAUUCGAUCUGUGGGACAUCUUCUCCCCCUGUUAAGUCAAAGCAACACUACCAGUAGCUACAACAGCCCGGAGGUUAUCCAGCGCAGCUCUGUAUUGCAGGACCAACUUCGACAGCGUGUUCUUGACCGACUCGGAUACUGGCAGAUGGAUGGCCAGCAAGGUGGCGUGUGGUACGGCAUCGGAUCUGUUGGUGACGGUGGUCACACUGAUUACAAAACCUACGACCUCGUCCUCAAGAAGCCCGAAAUCUCACCUACGUCUUCUCUCGAUGACCUUGAGGCUGAGGUUCGCCACUAUAGGUACACGCCUAUCGCCUUGCGCACUUCCGUAAUUCUGGGCUCAGUCAUCUUCAUGACCCUCCUUAUCCUCGCAAUUGUUCUCGUCUCCUUCUUGCCCCAGACUCGACUGGACCAGGGAUACUUCCCUCAAGUCCCUGCCCGACCUGGGGGCGGAGCUUUCUCUGCGGCCAACUUCCUCUACGCUUUCAUCCCCUCUCUACUGGGCAUGAUUAUGUUCUUGCUCUUCCAAAGCCUCGACGACGCUCUCCGCAUCCACCAGCCCUGGGCAGACAUGUCCAAGUCUUCUGGUGAGAUUGCGUCCAAGUCCAUCCUCGCCGAUUACGCUGCUUGCUACCCCUUCCAGUGUACAUGGAAAGCUCUCCGUAACGGCCACUGGCGUGUUGCUGUGACCUCUUUCAUGGCCACAAUCUUCAUCUUCAUCCCCAUCCUCGCAGGUGGCCUCUUCAUGGCCCUGACCAACUUCCGUGGUCAGGUCAAGAUGUUCCCCAACAUGCCCGUCUUCGGCGUUCUCCUCGCCUUUCUCUUCCUCUACCUCGGCUGCCUCUCUCUGAUGCUGCCCGGCCGUCAGGCCCUCCGCAUCCCUCAUCCUGCCGACACUCUCGCCGAGAUCAUUUCUCUCAGCGCAGCUCGGGAGACCGUUUCAGACCCUGCUUUCUUGGCCGUUAGGGACACUGCAGACCUCAAGUCUCGGCUGGGUCUUGAUCGCUCUGAUCCUCGUGAGCAGUCAAUGUGGUACUUUGGCGUUUCCCGGGACGAGCGCUACGAGAGUGUCCGCCCUAUGAAACGAUUUACCGAAAAAAGAAUGAGAUCUCAUAGAUCUACUUGAUAAUGAUGCUCAUAAGAACGAAUUGAUGCUGUAAUGUUUAAAGGGGGGGUUAAUGAGACGGAAUGGCAUCUCAUGAUAAGAACCCAGUCAUGAUUUGAUUGUGUUGCGAUACUUGGCUUAUUGGACGCGUAUGGUUUUGAUUGUUUUGGUGUACUCGAAGCGUCUGUUAAUUUUUACUCGCAUGUUAUGGCUGCAUUGUGUGGGCGUUUUAGAAAAGGGCAAAUACUUGGUUGAUGUUCACACGUUCACACAUUAAAGGAUGGCUUGUUUAUGUACGUUGAAGAGAAGGAUAUCUUGGGACGAAUGGAAUGGAAGUAUUGGAAUGUAUCAUGUUGCUGGGGAGUCUUGAGGAAUUUAUCACAAUUUGGAGAAAAAGUAAUGUCUCAGUUGCUUUUAGACUGCUUGUGUUGUGUGUAUGGCUGGGGAACUUUAGAGCGGAUGAAUACGAAAGAAGAGGAGACCAUAUCUGGGUCUUCAGACUCCAUUAUUGCCAA